AUGAAUAAGUGGUUAUUGGCAUUAGUUGCUUCUGCAGCUCCAGUCCUUGCAUUGGAAACCAUCAGAUCUACAGUUGUGUCCAGUGUCUGCCUUUCUUCCGCAUAUUAUUCUAACUCCACUGUGCCUUCGACCUCAUCAUUGGAACAAGAUAUUACUUCCACUUUAACAAGCCAAGUCACAACCACCCAAGUUCUAACUACUACUGUUGGUGGUACCGAGAUCGUGGAAACCGUUGUCGGUGUCGUAGAAACCUCCACAGCUACUGUCGAUGGUGUUUUGACCGUCCUCACUACUGUCGUUCCCCAAAGUACUAUCACACAAACAGAUCUUCAAACUACAGUUAUCACUAUCACUUCAUGCUCAGACAACAAAUGUACCAAGGUUCCUGUCACCACCGGUGUCACUACUGUCACCGAAGACUACACUACCUACACUACUUACUGUCCUCUUUCCAGCACUGAGGCUGCUGUUCCAACUACUGAGACUGCUCUUCUGACUACCGUCGUUACUGUUACACAUUGUUCCGACAAUAAAUGUACCAAGGUUCCAGUAACCACCGGUGUCACCACUGUUACUGAGGACUACACUACCUACACUACUUACUGUCCUCUUUCCAGCACUGAGGCUGCUGUUCCAACUACUGAGACUGUGGCUCCAACUACUGAAACUGUGGCUCUGACCACUGUCAUUACCGUUACUCAUUGUUCCGAUAACGAAUGCACCAAGGUUCCACUUACCACUGGUCUUACCACUAUCACCGAAGACUACACAACUUACACUACUUAUUGUCCUCUUUCAACCUCGACUGAAGUUGUUUCUACUAGUGAGGCUGCUGUUUCUACUGAAACAACCAAGGUUCCAGUUACUACUGAAACAACCAAGGCUCCAGUUACUACCGAAACCACACAAGAAGCUGUCACCACUCACAUUGUCGUUGACUCUACCAUGCACACUGUUGUCUUAUCUCUGGCUUCUGCUAUUACCCCUAACACUGCUAGCACCGAACAAAUCGUCGAUGUUCCUUCUGCCACCACUGUUAACGUCAUUCCAUCUCAAAUCGUUACUCAAACUCCAGCCACAUCCAAGCCUACUGCAUUCUCCAUUGCCAUUGUUUCUAGUUACGAAGGUUCUGCAAACUCCGUCAAAGCUACUGGAGCUUUUGCUGUUGCUAUUGCCUUGGUGCUUUUCCAAUUGCAAUAA